CAGGAGGGGGGGGCGUCUCGGAGACGGAAGGGGCGUGGGGCUCCCGCGAUGGGACCGCGCCGCCGCCCCGUCUGUCCAGGCCUCAGGCUCCCCUGCCCCUCCCCCCGUCAGGCCCGGUCCCUAGGAGUGCGGGGCGAUGAUACACCCACACCCCGGGGUGCUGCUGGCGGGGGCGGCCCGUGCCUGAGGCGUGUGUCCCCCUGUGGAGGAAUGCCUGAGAGCUGCCCGGGGAGCGGCCCGCAGCGCGGCAGGGCGGGGGAUGUGAGCCGAGACCGGGAAGCUGCCGAGGAGAAGGCUCUCCCCUCUGCCGUGCGGCAGGUCCGGGAGGAGAAGGUAAACAUUUUUCAUCCUGUUGAGGUUCAAUUCCUCUGAAACAAUUGCUGUAGGCCCUGGGAAUGCCAGUGUGACUCCAACCUCACGUUUCUCUAGUUUCACUCACACUACAGCCAAGGGAAAAAACAUACACUGGCAUUAUGUCAUCUUACACAAAAAACUAUAAUCCCUUUGAUGAUGAUGAUGAUGAUGAUGAUGAAGGUUUGAAGCCAGUAAAGUGGAACAAUGGAAAUGACAUCUUUGAUGACCCUACUGACAGGCAACAUAGGGAGGCUACUAAUAAACAGAGGUAUCUUCAGCAGGAAGUUCUGAGGCGGGCUCAGGCCACAGAAGGCAGCACUAAUAGAUCUCUUUCCCUUAUUUAUGAAUCUGAGCAAAUUGGAGUAGCCACAUCGGAGGAACUUGUACGUCAGGGUGAAGCACUAAAGCGCACUGAACGAAUGGUGGAUAAAAUGGACCAGGAUUUAAAGACUAGUCAAAGACACAUAAACAGCAUUAAGAGUGUCUUUGGUGGUUUUGUGAACUACUUCAAAUCGAAACCUCCAGAGACCAAGCCUGAGCAGAAUGGAGCCCCUGAGUACCAAGGAAAUAGCAGAUUAAAAGAAGCCAUGAUCUUUAGUAAAGAACAGGAAUCAAGGUACCAGGAGAGUCAUCCAAAUUUAAGGAAGCUGCGUAAUUCUGACUACGAUUUCAGUGGAACCAAUUCAGAAUCUUCUGUCCAACCUGAUGUUUAUCCAAAGAAUCAACAUCUCCGAGCUUACCACCAGAAAAUUGACAGCAACUUAGAUGACAUAUCUUCUGGGCUUGGCCGUCUGAAAAACCUGGCUCUGGGUCUGCAGACAGAAAUUGAUGAGCAGGAUGACAUUCUUGAUCGGCUAACCGGAAAAGUAGACAAACUGGAUGUCAAUAUUGCAAGCACUGAAAGAAAAGUCAGACAACUGUAAAAGACUUCUCAGAAAUUCUUUCCUUCAGCGUAAGAUCUUCCUGGAUGUUUAUCUUGCUGGGGGUUUUCUUUUUUUUUUUUUUUUUGUUGUAAAUCUUGGACAAUAUCCAUUUCUUACUUUGUCAGUGGCUUAGCUAUCAUUAAAAUUGCAGAAUCUUGAGUGCAACAUAGGAUCUUAAAACACUUCUUAAUAUAUACAUAUGUGUACAUUGGACAGCACAUCUUUUUGCAUCUGAUUGCAAUCCUUCACUCUGGAUUCCUGCUCAUUUAUAUUAUGUGCCAUGUGCAUAUAGGAAUUUUCAGUCUAUAUGUUUCAAUGCCCUUAUCCUUAGAACUGUGGCAAAGAAAAUAACUAAAUUUUGCACCUGUUUUGCAAGGAAUUGUUUAAGAAUUUAAAAAUAGCUAUAUGUAAACAUACAGAUUACCAGCUGUAAAAAUAAUUCUGAAUGCUGUCUCCUAGCAUUUCUGUGUUCGCUCCUAAGAAAUCUGAGGUUUCCAAACAACUGGAAUAGUUGUCAGAUGUGACAUGCAAUGAUGCUGGUACUAAAACUGUGUUGGUCCCCUUCUGCCUGGGGGGGAGUGAUUCUGCACGCUCAAAAAUCCUCCACUGAUGAUAGUGGUUGUCCUUUAUGUGCUGCUUUUUGCCAGCCUACUGAGUAGGUGGCUGUUUGAACAGCAGCAUCUCUCUUAAAAAUGGAGCUUUGGACUAGUACUUCAAUUUUAAACAUUUUAAUUUUUUCAAAUAGGAAAGGUGGAGUGGGGGAGUUCAUGCCAUAGUCUUAUGUGAUGACUAUUUCUUCCACCCUCAACACCAUUGUUGAAAAAUUAAACUUGCACCUAUACUUACGUGCUCUCCAGCUUUCUGGCUUUGCAGUUUUUAGUUCCUACAGAUGACAAAUGUUUUAAUUAUUUCCAGUUUUCCAAAUCCAAACUGGAAUCCACCUGCUAGUUUUUUGGGGGGGUUCCCCCCCUUUAUUUCUUUGUAAAUAACACUGUUAAACAAAACUUAUUUUAAUUCUACAGCUGUGGGAAGGUAACAACCAAAUGAUCAUCAUCUAUCUGCCUGAUUGGUGACGUCUCUAAAACGAGCAGAUAACGAUUCAGAUCUUACUGGACAAGUGUCCGUAUCGCAAAAUUCACCACCACAUUUGACAGUAAGAACCUAGUUGGCAGUUCCAGCAGAGAGGCCAGUAAAUUAAAACCCUGUUCACUGCAGCUGGUCCCUCCAGAUUGUCAUGGCACAUCUAUUAGCACUGUGGAGAAGCUUGCAUUGUAUAUAGUUGCCAGUGCUGCAUGUUGUGUUGAUAAAUGGAAAACUUUGGUGUCUAGGUCUGUUGAUUCAGCGCCUUUCAUAAUCACUAAAUUCACACAUUUUUCCCUUUUUAAAAAAAAAAUUUGUUCAAACACUUAAAAAUCCCAUCUUCUGACUUGGUGUGAACGUACUCCCUCUAGCGCAUAAAGGACUUGGAGAAUUUUCAACCCUCUUGUUCUAUACAGUCUGUGUAGGAAAGUAAAGCAUUAAACCGUCUGGACUUCCUUGCUAUUGGGGGCAGUGUUACUGGAAAAUAAUUCCUCUAGUGCUCCUGGUAAUUACAUUUCUCUGAUGUGAAACCAUUUGAAAACUAGUUUAUGCUGCACCCUGCCCUGCUGGUGUCACAAAUAUCACUUUGCAAAGAAAGUGGCUGCCACCAGCAGGAAAUACACAGGUGCCAAUUAUGAGAGUGUUCUGCCAUAGAUCUUUCGUUACCUUCUAAUUUUCUUGUUCUCUCCCAUUUGAAAGUUUGAAAAAGCCUGUUCCUACCUACACAUCUUCUGCCCUUGGUGUGUAUACGCAUUAUUAGCGCUUUUCCCCCAUUGCCAGGAUAUUCCUGAGUGAUUAGCUGUCUCAUCUUAACGUUGGGGCAUUUAUUUAGAAAGUAACAGAUAUCAUGAACUUGUAAAAAGCUGAAAGUGUGUGAGGGGAAGGAAGACUGAAACGUUUGUCCUACCUACCUUUGAUGGCUUAUUUAAGCAUUCAUCAGAAAAAAUAGCGGUUGGAGGGGGGAAGUGCUUUGUUUUCUUGCUCUAGAACUUCCAGAACAUAGUGCUGUGUGACAGAGGCAUCUUUCUUUUCUGGGUCCAAGCUGUGUGUCUAUGUAUUCUAUCCCAAGUUUAAGAAUUGUGGAAAAUUCCACUAGCAAUUAGUAACAGUAUUAACUUAUUUGAAAUCUGCCUUCACGUGUAUAUGCUUACCCCACAACUAGACUUUUCCUAAAGUAAGACCUUGGUAAUCAGCGUGCAGGCUGAAUAGUUUUCUCCAUUGAGUUGUAGCUAAUGGAAAAGAAAUGUAGCUAGAAGAUCCAACUAUGUGUUCAUGUAUACUGAAAAACGAGAGGAAGAUGGGGCUUGGAUAUGAACAGUGAUGGCGAUAGAUUUGUUAUUUUAACAGGGAUGCCUUUCUGACAUAAUUUAGUUUAAGAAGAAAUAGAAGAAUUUAUGUCACAAAACAGACAAGACUUUUUUUAAUAAUGUAGUUUUAUUGGCCUUACUAAAGCUGCUUGUUUCCUUAGGGGAGAUCUUUGCUAUAAGAAAUCUACUUUGGCUUUUAGAACAUUUUGAUCAUUACACAUUUCAAGUCAGAACUUGGAAUUAUGUGGGAGUUCUACAAAGGUCUAUUUUCUCAUCUCUUUACUCAGCCCCAUUUACCCUUGCCAGUUGGUGACAUCUGCUAUUUUCUCAUUGUUUACGGGCUUCCUGCUCUACUAACUUCUGUGGUCCCAUUUUAAAAGAUUGCUUUUCACAUUCGGGCUCUUUUGUGGGGAUGAGAGUUGUGUUCAAGCAUAAACUUAAAAUCUACUCCAAGCUGAACUCCUUUCCUAGCUUUCAUAGAAGAUGCUUUACACUGUCUGCUGCUAAAAAACGUAAACGUUCACAAUGGGAAGAGAGCAAUGCUGUGUUUUGUAAUACAGUGAUGAAAUUCUUGCUGACUAUAAAAACUAUUUUGCAAAAAGAGGAAAUAACUGAAAAGCUGAUUUUUUUUUCUUUCCUAGAAAUUUCUGCCUUCCCAUGCUGCUGAAGGCUUAAUUUUUGUAACUAGUCUUUUAGAACCUGUCUAAAAUACCAUUUCAUUUUUCUGUCGGGUACCACUGAGAAACUUAUCCUCUCGUGUUGGCUUAAGCUUUUUAAACAUGAUUCUGCAAGCUUACCCUUGAGUGCCAGUUCAACCAACUAUUCUGCUUAAGUGUGCCUGUUAGUAGGGUAGCUCCCUUUCUUUACAGCAGAACAUCACUGAUGAUACUGUAGACUAGGCAACGUUUAUUGGCUUGAGUGGCAGUUAGUGUUAAAUAUCAAAAUAAGGUUGCAAAAACUUCUAUGCAGGCAUCUUUAUAAAGUAAGACAGGCUUCCUCAUAGGAAGAUUUAUUUCUUUAAAUGAGGUUAGGGGUAUUACAAUUCAGAAUUUUUUUCUUUCUGAGCACAGAUUUGACAAUAAGCAACCCUCUUUUAAAAAAUUAAAUCUGGCUAUUGGUUUGUAAUAAAUUGCACCUAUAAAACUGUUCUUGAGCAUUGAACCAAAACUGCACUAAAUAACCUAGGGCAGCCAAGAUGUAGGCUCUAAGGCCCUGUUCUUGCACUGGGAACUGCACAGUCUGAGUCUGACUGAAAUCACUGGGGCUCUGCCUGGGCACAGGGAUCUACAGGGUACUCCAUGCAGGCUCAUGGCCUACGACUUUGUGUAUGCAUACAGAAUGUCUAGAAGAAACUCUUUUGCUGUAUUGAGGCCACUGUAUUUAGACUGUAUGCAAACAAUACUCUGAAAAUUUAGCUUGUUUGUCUAAAAUUUCAGUUUUUUACACGAUUGAAAUGUAAAAUAUUUUGCUGUCUGAUAGCUUUUGUGAAUGUUCACCUUAUGUAAAACUAAGAAAUAGAAAAUACUUUUUCCAGCCGUUCAGCCUUCAGAACAAACUGACUUUUGUCGUUCCUUUUACAUAGGAAAGAGAGUGGUUUUGGCUUUGAAAUUUGUGUGACAUCAGCAUUACAGGUAGUGAUGAUUUGACUACAGAACUGGCUUUUUUUAAAUAGUAACAUAAUUAUACACCACACAGAUUUAAUACUUUUUUUUAUAUACAAGCAAAAUUGAAGUCUGUCUGUCUUUAAUGAAAGAUUAAACUGGAUUUUAAUUCGGCAAUUUAAGAUGUCAAAUGGAAUCUAUAUUGAAUGGUGAGAUGCUCAAUAAAGGUGCUUAUUGUA